GUUCGGAGCCGGUGGCAUGUGUUAGUCUCUCUUCGCCACUGGAUGGUUAUCUGCUACCGCGUUUCCCAUCCACAGACUGCAGCAUAAACCAACCACUGUCACUCUUCUUCGUCUUCCACUUCCACUGCUCGUGCUCGCCCCAUUCCCCAAUUCUCAAACCCACAUCUUCAUCUCUCGAUUCUGUCAAUCGAACAAACCAAUAUGUCAUCCGCCAUGGUUGCAGGCUCCUCAUCUUCUUGCUCCGCAGCUUUCCCGAGUAACCGCUCCAUCAAACCCCCCGCUUCGACUUCAUCUGCCAAGCCAUUUCCUUCUCCUUCUCCUCCUCCUCCUCCUCCUACUCGUGCCCAGAGAACGUCAUUUCAAGGCCUUUCGCUUCACGACGCCAAAAGGCGUGUCUCGAAUUCUUUCCUAGCCGACGGGAAGAGCAAUUCCGGCGUUGCCAGAAGAGGUCUCGAUAUCACGGCAAGAACUGCUGGGGCCUCGAAGAACAUUGAGGUUGAAGUCGACAAGCCACUAGGCCUCACUCUGGGCCAGAAGACAGGCGGUGGAGUGACCAUCACUGCUGUAGAGAAUGGUGGGAAUGCUGCAAGAGCAGGGCUUAGGGCUGGGGACCAAGUUCUCUAUACUAGCAGCUUCUUUGGAGAUGAGCUUUGGCCUGCUGAUAAGCUGGGAUUCACAAAAACUGCCAUCCAAGCAAAGCCCGACUCUGUCUACUUCGUCGUUAGCAGAGGUGCUGAGGUCGAUGUUAAAAGACUACCAAAGAGGCCAGCACCUCCUCGCUUUGGCCGGAAGUUAACUGAGGCUCAAAAGGACAGAGCAUCACACAUAUGUCUUGAUUGUGGAUACAUAUACUUCUUACAGAAACCUUUCGAUGAGCAGCCGGACGACUACACAUGCCCACAAUGCAGAGCACCAAAGAAGAGGUUUGCAAGGUACGACGUUAACUCCGGGAAGGCAAUUGGUGGGGGCCUGCCUCCCAUUGGGGUGAUCAUGGGGCUUUUAGCCGGCAUUGGUGCUGUUGGAGCUCUGCUUGUUUAUGGCCUUCAAUGAAACACUUCCCGGCCGGUGGCCACCCUCCCUCAAUUCUUGCUUUGUUCACCACUCUUGAUGGGUGUUUCUUUACCCCCAGAAGCAGUGCUUUGUGAGGAAGUGUGAAUACAGAAUCUAGUGCCUCUCAAACAAUUGCAGUGUUCGUCGGAUUUGUAUGAACUGCUAUUAUACUGAGCAUAUUGUUGUAAUUGAUUCGUUGAGGAUUUUGAUUCUUA